AUGCUUGGGGUGCUGGCUUUCACGCUACUGAGUGUCUGCGUAUCGCUGUCACUAUGCGUCGUGCCGGUGCUGGCUCGCUACACGAUCUUUCCACUACUUACGAGUCUUGUGCACAAGCUCACGGCCAUCUACCUAACUGAUAGCAUGAGAGUCGAGUACGCUUUUGGAUCCUUCACGGUACGCGGACAGCGUGGUGGCGGUGGCACCUCGGAGAUGUUACGCGGCAUCACUAUCUCGCUCUUUUUUGUCCAGCUGCAGAGCGAGUUCCUCAAGACGUUAGCUUUCGCCAAGCAAGGACUAGCGCCUGUGGAUCUGAAGAAUGUGAGCAUAAAAGAGGUUGUCAUACAAUUAGCUACAACCUGGAAAGUAGUGGUCAAGGUGGAAGGGGUAGUUGUUGAUGGCACAGUUGUGGAUCCGAACGUUGAAGGAUGUUUUGGGCUGCAAGAUGCUGUGACUAUGAAGUUAAAUGAGGCGGCCUAUUGGAUUAAUAUGUUGACGACAGAGCGUGCCUCGUCGGAGCUUCGACAGAAACAGGAGCAGGAUUUCGCCAAUGCUCGGUCGACGACAUUUUCCUUCAAGGAUCGAGUGCUCCAGCAAAUUGCUUCUCAAGUGGACGUCCAUGUGAGAAAUGUCCGAAUUUCUCUGACAGGUCUUACCCCAGGAAAUGCUGCCAUUGAUGGCCAUGACGACGAAGCUGAGAAGGAUGACGAAAUGGCAGACAGAGCAACUACCAGCUCAAUUGCCGUAAGGCUGAACCCCACACGCGUGAGUUUCUCGAUGAAGUCGCUGGACUUGCUCACAGAUGUCCUGCAUGAAAACAACCAAGAGGCUUUGCAACUUAUUUUGACAUCAAAUACAAUUCUUGUGGAGUACGCAUUGACAUUGAAAGGUAUGAAUAUCUGUGCUUCCACUAUCAAGGAUGAAGAAGAGGGUGUGACUGCGGCCGUUGAGAAAAAGCAGUCUUUGCUUAAGGACAGCAGUGGGGUGCAAUCUUGCGAACAAGCUUUAGUUUCUAUCUCUGCUCUUUCCUUAAAUGUCAGAGUACCGCCCAUGCCAAGGUUGCUGGGAAUCGUGGCUUCCAUCGCUCCCAUCCCCAUGAAGCAUCGCUUAGCACAAGUAGAGAUUGCAUCGUCGUCGGUAAAUACCAUUUCUGUCGUACGUGAGCCUCUAGUUGGAGUGCUACGUGACAUUUACGUGCCAUACACGGACCACCAGGUUCUGGUACAGUCGAUGCGCAUGCUGGAGCAAAAUGAGUCGGUUUGCAAGCAUAUUUCUCGAGAAGAUGAAACAUUUUAUCUGGCAAACUAUGAUAAAGUGAAUGGAAACAAGUCUCUAUCGACGCAGGAGAAGGAAAAUCUUAACGAAAAGCUGAGUAAAUUGGAACUUUCAAUGACGCUGAACAAGAUUUUAAAGCUUCGUAGUCGUGCGACUGGAUUGGCUAAGUUCUACCGUUGCAAUCAAGACGAGUUGUCGCUUGGAGAUUACACUGCAGUUGUGCAAGAAAACGCUGCCAAGCCAAGCAACAUCAUGUUCAGAGUCAUGCAUAUUGCACUGCGCUGGGAUAAUAUGAGCGUUAAUUUUGGUGAACGCGAUCACCAGGUUGCCGAGAUGGUAGUGAUCGGCUUUGGUGUCAAUGUGCGCAUGUUCCCGGUUGCGGAUGGCAAGGAGAAACUUAAGCUUGACGUAGAUUUGAUGCUGAACCAGACUACUUUCGCCGUAUUUGUUGGAACUUCAGAGCUAAGCCCUCUUUCUCCGACGGCAAAGCUAUUGUUUGCCGACUUCUGUAAAGUGGCUGCCGAGUCAGAUGGUAUCACACCGCCUCAGAUGCUUACUGCUCACAUGAGCCAAUAUGAAAGGGGAGAGAUGGACGUACGAGCUGUUGUGAAUAAUGUAAAUUUGGUGCUUUUUGCAAAUGCUCUCGAGCACUUCUUGCUGUACGUUGAUCGACUUACGACAAAGGCAACUCAAGUACUAUCGACUGCUCGUCCGCCCAUCACGCCUGUUGUUCACACUGAAUCAACGCCUGCGAUGGUGCAAGUCAUGAAAAAUGAGCUAGAUGCGAUGGUUAAAGAGGUAUCGAUGUCGCCUUUCAGUCUACUCGGCGGCAUGCUGCUAAAUCUUGAUGUGGGCCUGAAUGACUGUCGCAUCCUCUUGCUUCCAACACAAUCGUUCACAAAAUUGUUGUUCACGGAUGUAAAUGUGGAAACAUCUCAAAGUGAAUAUGUCGUGAACUGUCGCGUUGACUUACCGGUAACACUAAGCAUUCAUCUAGAGAGCUCCAAGGUGAAAGAGAUUGUAAAAUUUCAAGUUAGCAACCUUAGCGUUGGAGCGCAAUACGUUGAAGAAGUACGAGAUAUGGAGACCGUCUUAGCCCCAACAAGCAUUGCUUUUCAAUUCGUUCUCGAACAAGACGCUAAGAACCCAUUAACGUGUCACCAGACUGUGAUGAUACACAUGCCAGAUAUAUUGGUAGCUGGAUCGGACCUCAGUUUAUCGCUGUUGGCGUCCUGUGGAGAAGCUCUUGCAAGCGUUCAGACGACAACGCCCGACCAAGCCCGGCUCCGCCUCGAGAGUCGUAUCAAACAAGAAGAAAUUCGUCGUCAGGCUGAAGUCAAUACGAUUCUCGAUCGCCUACAUCGUCUUUUUGACGAAAUCGAUGAGAACGGAAACGGGCGUAUUGAGUUGGCCGAGCUCCUCCUCCUGCUUCGCCGCGUUAAAGUCGGUGAUACACUGCUUGAAAGCGAGCUGGAGUACUUUGUCUGUGAGCUAUUCAAGGAAAUCGACCAAGACGGCAAUGGAUACCUAGAGUUUCAAGAGCUACGAGAGUUUUUGCGCGAUGACUUGCUAUCUGGUGAAGCUGCGGCCGCUGAAUUAACUUCUAAAAGCGGCAGCAGUGCUCUUACUGGAUUUUUGAAUCUGCGUGGUAAUGAGUACCAUUCGUUUGAGGUGAUAAAUAAUAUGUGUGAGACAAAGAUCACUUCAACUGAGCAGCUCGCCGAAUGGAUCAAACGACCGGUUUUCGAGUGUCGGUUCUGGGAACUGUUUGGUAGCGAAGCUCACGUCACGAAUCGAUCAUUGGGCGACCAAAAUCCUGUAGAUGUGCAGAAGAAAUUGGUUCGUUUGCUAAAAAAUUAUGAUGCAGCUAACCUUAUCUGGGACGCGUUUGUGUUGCCAGCGAUACAAGAUGGUUGCACAGAUCGCGUUAUGUUCGAAUGGCUUCUCAAGCCGUCAACGCGCUGUGGAGGCAUUAGUGAGUAUCAAAGUGCGGCAAAGGUGAUUGCAAAGCAGAAACGCGACGUCAUUUUUAAAGAAGCUUUGGAGGAGGUUGAGCAACUUGUAAGCAAAUUCACUCAGGACGUGAACCCAGUGAAAAAGGAGUUGCAGUUUACAACUGAUGUCAAAAUGGGCAAUUUGCGCUUUGUUCUUACAGACACCGAAUUACCUGCACGCUUUUUUCGUGGAGAUUUGAUUGUAAAAGAUGUUAAGUUCUCAAUGAAAUUAAAUGGCAAGGACAUUGACGAGAUCGGACCCAUAGACUGGGUUAGCUUGACAACGUCUGGCAAUUCUGCCUGGACAAUUCUUUGUGGGUUUAAGAUGUCCUCAUCCUGCUUCAGUGAUAUGGCAAAUGACAUGGAGCAUAUUAUUGAACCAUGGGAUCUGGUCGUCGGCAUCUCGUCUGAGGCUGGCGAAAACGGUUGCUCUGUUUUGAUAGAAGCUGCCAAGCGUUUUCAGAUCAAUGUGACGCCCAGUGUGUUAAAAACUUACCGUGCCUUGAUGGACGCACUUGACGGCGAGGCCCAGCAGAAUGCCUUACAAAAGCGUCAAGACAGCAUUCAAUGCUCCACCGCCGCGAAGAGACACAAAGAGAAUGAUUGCCUGGUACAAAAUCUGACGGGAUGCAAAAUCAUCCUACAGUUGAAUGGUAUUGACCAUCCCAUCGAAGUUGAGGCACACGACCGUGCCCUUAUAGAAAAUGGAGCUUUGAAGUAUGGUAAAGCGACCCUUAAUUCGCUAAGCAUUGAUCAGUGGGGCACAAGCAAGACUGCUGUAAAUUUGCCUGCAUUUGGUAAAGUUAGUGUUGGUGUGAGCACGGCGAAGGCGUCGCCUUCCACUCUGUUCAUUACCGUAUUCUCACGCUUGGAGAAUUCUCGGCGUCAGCUGAUUGUGCUACGAUCCAACACUUACUUCUGCAAUCAUAGCUCUGAGUCCUACGAAAUGCAAUAUCUGAGUCUGGCAAGUGAACAGAGAAAGUCUAUCAAAUCUCCUAUUAUUAAGUUGCGACCAAAUGAGCGCAUUUCGCUACCGCUAUCUCUUCUUAUGGGGAUGACGGAAUUCUAUGCUCGCCCUGUAAAUCACGAACACUGGAUCGUGAAGACUUCAUUGAACAACGAUGUCUUAACAUCGGCUGAGGCCAUGAAGGAACUUGAUGCACAUGAAGCUAAACGAGAGUCAAAGAAAAAAGAGCGUCGAGGUGGAACUAUUGUCUAUGGAGACACCGCGGACACUUGCGCUACAGUCAUCAAAAGGUUAACGCCCAACAUGAUUGUGCGUCGUUGGCACUUAAGGUCUUACUUUGAUUGGGAAUUAGCGCUUUUACCUCCGUUUGUUGUACGCAACUCACUUCCGUAUGAAUUAGAGUACCGAUUCAUCGAGUACAAGACUAGUUCAAUGAAAGACAUGAAGGCUGAUUAUGCCAAAGUUGAAGCGCUUCUGCGGCGUGAAAGUGCACCAGAGCCGUCUGAACGCGUGCUGAGUGGUGUGGUAGAAUCGGGACACGAUACUGAAGUGUCUGGCAUAUCUGGGGUACACCCAGGAUAUCUGUCUGUUCGACUUAUUUCCAGGAAGAAGAACACAGGCAAGCAUGCUGCAUCUUCGUGGUCAAAGCCACUUUUGAUGAUGAUACACAAGGGAGUCGAGCAAUUCACGACAUCUAGAGAGGAGAUUGAAGCCGACAUUGGUCUCAGAUUUAACAUUGACCGAAUUACCCUCCCAAGUCAUCCCCGCCUUGUGCGUUUUUCUAGUCCUUACUGGAUUGUGAAUAACACUUCCCUUGCUUUUGCGUUCGCGUUGAUCGAACCUAGUGCAAACCGAACCUCAUUCAAAGCCAUGGAUGUUUGUGCACCAUUUAGCUACCCAGUGAUGACUUCAAUUCAGCACAACCGUAUGAGCUUAAAACCACUUAUUAAUCUCAAUCGCCGCCCAGAAGCAUGGGGUACACUGGGUAAGAUGCCAGAGGUGGCGUACAAAUCCUCCACUGUGUCAAAACAUGCCAUUGCACACGCGGAAUGGUCAGAACCGAUCAACACGACUGCAAUUAAUACGAUGGGUGAAAUUGUUUGUGGCCCGAGCGUCUUUAGCGUUCAAAUGGAAGGUCUAUACGGACUAUUUGAGCCGGGUGUUUCGCUCACACUGAGUCCCCGAUAUUUUGUGCAGAAUAGGUUGAAUCAAAAGCUCUACAUCCAAAGUUUCGCCUCGCAAGAGAAUGACGCAAGAAAAGUUGAUGAGAUGUUUCAAAGACGAUCUCUCGAAGACGUGAAGCAGUUGCAUUUAGCACUCGAGAAUGGACAGACAACACCACUUUAUCAUUUUGGCCCGCUAAAAAAGGGCGAGUCGGUGCAGCAUAGUCAGCGUUACGUGUCGUUUUCGUUCACGAAGGACUGGAACACCGACGCCAGCAAAAAAAACUGGUCCUUUGCGAUACCGAUUAAUACAGCAGGUGAUCUUUACUUGCAGAUAUUUUCAUCAGUGCGCCAGCGACAUAUCAUCUGCCAAGCAAGCGUGCAAGUGGUUGAUAUGUAUGUUUAUGUGAUUCUCACGGAUGUGUCAUGUGCACCUCCAUAUCGUAUCGAGAAUUACACGCCAUUCAGAGUGGACUGUGCACAGUUGGGCGAGUCAUCUAUCUUCAGUGGUGGGCACAAAGAGGUGGCAGCCACCAUCAAACCGGGCGCGUGGCAUGCAUUUGCUUGGUUUAAUCCUUUAUCAAAAGAGCGCCAUGUUGAGCUUCGCCUUUCACAUGUUGAUUCUCCCAAGACGCAAACCAAAAAGUACGACAUUGACUAUGUAGGCUACCUAGAUUCGAUUACCAUGUGGGUAUCCCGCGAUGGCGAAAAAAAGCAUCCCGUCGAGCUAAUCGCUCAAGUGGUCGUAGAAACGAGUACUCGCGUGUUGAAGAUUACAGAAAAAGAGUUGGAGCUCGGCCUCAUAGAAAGCCAAGAUCCUGACGGCGAAGGCGAUCUCAAACAACGUAGAAUGCUAUAUGCGUCAUCGUUCGAUAUCAGAUUCGAUGGUUUUGGCUUUUCCGUACUUGAUGGAUGGCCACAGGAAGUGUUUUUCGCGUCGGUGGAUGUAAUUCAAGUGCGAAAAGCGCCUGCCUCGUUAGAAUGGACGUUUUCGGUGUUGCAUUGCCAAGUAGACAAUAUGCUCGCAACGGCCAAGUUUCCUGUUAUAAUGAACCCAGUGAAUGCGGGCUAUAGUGACAAGUCCGUUGGCAAGGCACCAGAACCGUUUUUAAAACUUGUGUUAGAUGCAGAUCUCGAGGCUCGAUUUGGAACUUAUAAACUGCUCGAAUUUACCCUAAGUGAUCUAGCGGUUAAGGUCGAUAUUGACUACAUGGUAAAUCUUGUCAAAUUACUGGAGCCAUACUUAACUUCCGACGCGACCGUGGCCCACCGUUCAAAAGUGACGCUGGAGCGCGCGCUUGAUCGUCGUGCUCCACAAAUGCCAAUAAUGACAGUGACGGGGGAUGGUGGGAUUCAGACAGAUCUGGUGUAUUUCGACGUUUUGCGUAUAUCGUCGCUGUCUGUGGAACUGGAGUACUCUAUCACGCGCAAAGAUAUUGUCGCUUCGACGGGUGAGGGUCAUUCGAUAAUCUUUGGAUUCCUGAGCCAAAUAAUCGGGCUUAUAGGGUCAAACCUUUCUGGAUCGCCCACAUUUAGUUUCAGCGAAAUCGUAAUUUUGCGCUGCUUCACGACAAAGCAGCGACUUCAAAAUCAAUUAAUAGCAAAUUAUGUUCAGCAAGGCGUGAUGCAGGCUUACCGUCUAAUUGGAAGCGCAGACAUUAUAGGGAACCCAAUCGGACUUGUCGAAGAUUUAGGUUCUGGUGUAGUAGAGUUUCUGAAGAUCACAAAAGGAGAAUUAACGGGUGAUGCUCAAACUCGAGGUGAGGGAGUCAAGAUGCUAGGCAAAACAAUUGUAAAAUCAAGCGCCUCGUCAGUUGCAAAGAUCACGGGCUCGUUGGACAAGUUUGUGGGUGAAUUUGCGGAUGAAAAUCGUGCUACAAAUACUGACGGGAGUAACUCGUCUGCCGAUAAUGCUGGAAUCAAGUUUGCCAAGGACUUUGGUCGCGGCUUAACUGGCAUCUUCACAAAACCUGUGGAAGGCGCUAUCAAGGGCGGUGUCACUGGACUUGUACAGGGCACGGUGCAAGGUAUUACAGGCCCCGGUGUCGUCCUACUCAAGGGUCUCACGGCAACGUCUCAUACACUAGCGCUGGGUGUAAAGUCAACAGUUGUAGAUCGUUCUCCAUUCGGCGGCCGGCGUCGCAAUCCAAAGCUUGUUCAAAAUGGCAAGGUUAUUGCAGAAUUUGACGAGGAGCAUUAUAGACCGGCGUUGUUGGAGUUAGAGGUACUGGGUGCAAAUGGAUUGGAUUCGGAUAAGUCGUGCGAUCCGUUGUGUGUUGUUCGCAUUAACGGUGUUGAUGUCAUGAAAACCGCUGUUAUUUACAACACUGUAAACCCUGUUUGGCAAGAGAAGACCCAAGUGGUAUUAACUGGCGAGGAAAGCGAGGUACAGUUUGUGGUGAAAGAUUCAUACGGUGGAACUGUGGCCAAGACUGUCGGGAAGUGCAUCAUCAGUAUGUCAAAAUUACUCGACGAUUUCAAACCGCCCAAGUACUCGUCAGACUUAGCCCAAUGGGUGCACACGCAAGUAAAGCCUGGGGACACAACAAAGAAUCGAAGCCAUGUAAUAACAGAGAAGGAGUAUCCGCUCGUGAUGCCAAGAAAGUACAGUGCCAAGAAUUCGAAUCAUGGCACUACUUUUGCUGAUGAAAAGCAUCAAGUGUUCGUGACGAUACUGUCGCUAAGAGAUAUGGUAGUUACAAGCUCAACUGGUAGUGGCAUGCUUGGACUGGGAAAUUUAGGGAGCAGCAUGCCCAAUAUCUCGCCAUACAUCUCUGUGCAUGUUGGCAAAUCUGCGAAUCGGACAAAUACGACCAAGAUGACUUUCACAAAGAAUCAGAAAAAUGAUCUGGUCGGUCAUGCAUCAUGGAACGAAAGUUUUACAUUUUCGGUGACUGCCAAGGAGCUGCAUCGCAGCGGAGCCGACUCGAGAUUGGUGGUAUCUUUGAAAGAUAAAAGUAUGAUUGUGGAUGUGCGCCUCGGCUCUGCAACAUUAGAUAUUGACGCAACUAGGAUAAACACCACGGAAACAGAAGAGGAAUUGGUGCUGAUAGACCAGAAUGGCAAACUGAUUGGAUACCUAACUGUGAAAAUUAGAGUCGCUGGCUCAGCUACAUCCUCCCGCUCGCUUUCAAUUAAUUCUCUUAUGUCCGCUGGUGAUGACAUAGCAAACCUCCCACCUGACGCUGUCAAGGCUGGCACUAUUCGCGUGUCUUGCGACUUUAAGUGA